AUGUCCGGCGGCCGGAGGAGGGGCGGCGCCCCCUGGCAUAGCUUCUCCCGGUUCUUCGCUUCCCGAACCCCUUCCCGGGACAAGGAAGAGGAAGAGGAGGAGAGGUCGGGGACGAGCCACCCGCCUGCUCCGGGCCGGGGCGCUGCCAGUGUUGAAAAUGAGCCCAUGGGUACAAGUCAGAAAAAGGAAAAUGUACUUUCAUCAGAAGCAGUAAAGAUUCCCCAAGGUGAACACAAUAGAAGCCAUGCUGAGAAGUUGAUCGCCCUUCCAGUGCCAGAAGAUCCCAAAAAGCCAAAUGAUCUUUCCAGUUCCACUUCAGAUGGCCGGACAGGAGAAAGCGAUCGGCAGCCAAAAGAAAGCUUUUUUCAGUUUCUCGGUAACUUAUUCAGUAUCUCUGGAAAGUCAUCUCUUGCUGAAGCCAAGCAGUCUUCCCUAAAAGAUGACCUUGACAGAACAGAGAAAGACCUACGAAGUCGCAGGGACCAUCACGACGAAGGGGCCAAGGGGGAGAGGGAGAUUCCCACCAGCUCCCUGGGAGCCCAGGCACUUCCAAAGGAAGAACAGGAGUCCAGCUCAGCUGAACUCUCGGAUGCCUUUCCUUUGGACACUACAACACAAGACAGUGAACAGGAAACUGGGGAUUUCCUAAAACAAGCAGAUGGUAAACCAGAGAGGCCUUCAGUAACAUAUGCAACGUAUCGAGGCCCCAGACAAAUCAGGAAAUGUUUGAAGCAACAGACCGUGUUAGAAACUGUGAAUCCCUUGGACGACGACGAAAAUGAAAGUUCUGACUCUAGUACAAGUGCACAUAUUGGGUCUGGGAGUGCGACUGAGGCUGGGAUGCUGUCAUCGUCUAGCACAGACAGAUCUGUGGAAGGACGUAGGCUUGGAGACCCAUUAGAAGACUCUGAUUAUAGUGGGAUAAGUCUCAACACAGAAAGCCAUCUGACAAACAGCCCGGAAAUGCUGAAUAUUGCUUCUUCUAAGAAUGUUUUAAGUAAAAACGGUCCUGGGGGACCUGAGGGAAGUAGAUCAUGCCCUUCUUCUAUGACUGGCUUCCACUUUGCUGUUGGAGAAUCUGACUCACAGCACCAUGUAAGUCAUGUACCAGUUUCUCAGACAGACAGAAAUCUGGCAUGUUCAGCGUUUACAGGGAGCUGCAGCGGCACAGGUCCUGGCAGUCCAGAUGUUCUGAGGAUAUCCUCCACAGAGACCACAACAGAAGAAAACAGCUCCGUCAGGGGUGAUGGGACCCGGGUGCAAAGGGGAGAGCAUGUCGAGCCAGAGAGCCCUGCUAUUUCUGACUUGUCUUGUAGUAAAUCUGAUGGAACAGAUACUACCAAGCAGAAGAGAACAGAUUUGCCAAGUCCAGAUACAUCAAUUAGGCAUGAAGACGUGCAAUCACCAGAGAAUGAGUGUUCUGACAAGCCAACUGUAGAUAAUGCAUCCAAGCAGGCUGCCAAUCACACCAUUGCUCUUCAGAGACAUGCUGUGACAGACACAGAACUGGUAAGUGAAGGGAACAGGUUGUCUGCCCAAGAUGCACAGAAAAAUUUAGCUAUUACAGAAACCAGGCAAGAAACAGAAAGUAUCUCGGUUGGUGAACCCACAACUUCAAGUUGUGCAAAAGCUCCAGAAGAUAGACUUGAAUCAUUACCCAAAAAUCCUGACCAGUUGUGUGAAACAGAAACCAAAAAGCUUGAUUUUGGGCCCCAUGGAAAAAUGCCUCAUGUUCUUGGAAUAAGUCAAAAGGGCCCUGCUGCUGUAAAAUGUAUCAGUGAAUCAACAGUCGUAGCAUGCCUAGAAAACAAAAUAACCCCUGAACUGGCUUUAGAACUUUCUAGAAAUCACAUUUCAGAAUCUUUUCUUGACUCUCAGAGUCCUCAACAAGCCAAAGUAUCACCUGAUACCAGAACCUCUCUUACCCUUGACUGUGAAAAAUCAAAUUCCAAUGCUUCAUUUCCUGCCUUUGUUUCUGGAAUUGGCAUGCUGAACAGGUUGGAUAUGCCUGUUUUAAAGGAUGAGGGGUCUUCUAUGCUUGUUGAAACUGGGAAUGUCGACAUCGUUGGUGAUCCCAGAGAGCCUAAUGAGUGUCAAGAAGAAAAUGUGGUGAGUCAAGUCGAGGCUGCAGACAGAAAGAGUCGUACAGCUUGCCUUUCCCUUGAGCAUGCAUCUGUGAUCAUUGAAUCCAAGGACAUUGUUCCUGACAGUGAAAACUGCCAGGUUCCACUAGACCCUGAAGCCAGUGACACCCACGUGUGUGGAGUGGACUCGAGAUUUGAGUACGAAAGCCUCUCUGAGGACCACAGUUCCAUUUCAUCUCAAGACCUUAAUAAAGCAGACUUUAUGCUUCCAAACAGUAAAGCAAGGAAGAGCACUACAGAGGAGUCUAGCUCUCUUUCCUUGGACACCAAAACUGAUAAUACUGCUAAAGUUUUAUCAGAAGCUGAAGUUGAUGGUCAGAACAGUGUUCCUGUUGAGUCACAUUCUGGAAGAGGAAAAACUACCGCCUGCUCCAAGAUAUCUAUUUCUCAGGAUAUAAUUUCUUCUCCAUUAGAAAUUACAGAUGUGCCAACAAAGCCUGUUUUAUCAGAAUUAACCUCCCUAGAGGCCGAACAGGACAAAUGCUAUCAAUUGAUGCAUCAUAAUGAGAUUCAAGAGAAAUAUUCAGAUACUGGGCAGAGAGAGAACUGCCAAACUAAGGCUUCUCCUUCUGUCUCCACACAUCAAGGUAAAAAGCAAACAGACGUAGAAACGUUAGGUUAUCCUCCUCCUUUUCUCAACGGUAACCCACCUGGGAUUUUACCUCCUGUUCCUGAUGAAAAAGCCAACACUUGUGUGAUUUAUGAACCUUCAGAUAUUUGCGGGACUGAAAAUAUCUCAGGUUUCUCAGAAGUGGCAGAACACAGCUUAACUAAUACUUGCCCCAAAUUCCAAGAAACUGACAGCACAAAAGUAAAUUCACCUUUUCUGGGUUCUGACAUCACUUUGGAAAAACCCACUUUUGCACCUGAGGAUUCUGGCUUUCUUAACGCCCCUUCUGUGCUGAGAUCUGAACAGAAAGCCGCGUCUCGUGGAGAGAGAGAGAAGGCUCGCUUCCUGCGUGGUCGAGCUGACAGCUCGUCUUCCCCUGGGAACGCUGAAGAAGUCAGCAUGGAUACAACUUCACACACUCCCCAAAACAAUGUUGGCUCUGUAAAAGUUACCAUAAACGUCACACCUGAGGUUGCCUUCUUAACUAACCAGCUGUACCCUGAUACAUCUUUUUUGGGAUUUGAAACAGCUGUGCCUCCGGAGGCAGGCGUGACCCCAUUUCAGGAACAUUUUGGUGAUCAUACUGGGAAGGUCUCUCCUGAUUUCCCAGCUGCUGCCCAGUGUGACCAGCCCCUGGAAGCAGAGGCAGGAGCAGUUGCUGGGGCCCCGGCGUCAGUUAACAGCCCAGGCCAGCAGGGUUCUGAGGUAUCUGCUGAGCACACAGGCACAAGGAGGAGGGCACGUGACCAGCUUUGGGGCCUCAGAAGUGGUUUACUCAAACAGGCCGAUACACUGAUUGGUGAGAUUUUAAAUUCUGUAAGGGAAGAACUAAAAUCCAAAUCCACAGUUGACACCUGCCAGGAGCAUCCAGCCGAAGACAGCAUAAUGAAUGCCAGUGCCCUGAAAGAAGGCACGUCUGAGAAAAACUCAUCAGGUGUGACACUGACAGGGGUCCACCUGGCUGAGCCGUUGGAAGGGCCGGAUUUGGAAAACAUGGCAGGAGUCCAGGGGGCAGAAAAGGCCUGUGUUUCGCCUACACCUGGUGAGAAGAGUCUCCUUUUUGAUUCUGAUAGAAUGAAUGUAUCUUGCGAGUUAGAAGAACAAGCUAGGGAAUUAGUUAAUGAGAUUAUUUAUUCAGUCCAAGAAAAUAUAACAAGUGCUUUUGAAGAUACUGAGACUACCUGGGAUUCUGUACUUCAGGCUGUUACUCCAAAAACUCUGCACAGUGACAGUGUGAAGCCUCCUGUCAGGGAGCUCUUGGUGUCAGAACAGGCAGGAAAGCCAAGCACGUGUGAAAUCAGUGAAAAUAAAGUAUUAGGUAGAUUCUUCUCUGUAAGUAACUUGCCUGGUGACACGGAGUCAAUUAAAGGAAGAGAAAUUGUUCCCCACCCAAAAUCUCCAUUUUCUGGAAAUGGAGCUAGACAGUCUGAUGGUAUAAACUUGCAGGGACCAGAUGCUGUUUUACUAGCUGAAGACUUGCCCCAUAAAGGGUUAGAUGAUAGGGUAGAAACACAUUUACUUCUCAAAGAGGACUCUAAAGAGAAAAUAGAAAUGGAGUGUGUGGAUACUCACAAAACUGGGACAGAGGAUACUAGAACCUUUGUAUUAAAUGUCCAAUGGCCUCCGUUUGCAAAGGAUGACAUCCAUGUAGCCGGGACCUCCAAAAGCAGUUUGUCUGAUAGUCUUGUGUGUAUGUCCGAAAAAGGCUUGCCAGGACACAGCAGUAAAAGCAUGCCCCUUGCAAUGUCAGAAGUAGGGAAAGUGCACAAAAAGGACACUGAAGUAAAUAUAGGAAAAAUCGAGCUUGUCCCUUCCAUGUUAGAAAUGGGAAAAGCAAACAGAAAGGAUGCUGAAUUGGACAUUACAAAACGGGAGGUAGUUCCUCUUAUGUCAGAAAUGGGAGGAGCACAUAAAGGGGAUGAUGAAUUGAAUAUCACAAAAACUGAGCCAAUAGCUGACAAUUUUAAAGUGCAGGAAGUCUACCAAGUGGAAGCUGAGAGGGACCAUGAGAAAACGGAGGGAUUACCUGCCCUUUUAGGAAUGGAAAAAGCUUCUAAGAUGGGGGACACUGAAAGGGAUAUUGACAAAACUGACAUGGUGCCUGUUAUGUCAGAAGUGAAAAAUAUCUGUCAAAAAGAUACCGAGGGAAUUACUGGAAAGACUGAAGUGGUAUCUGAUACAUUAGGGACGGGAAGUAUUUACCAAAAGCAUGCGGAAGGUGAUGUUGGCAAGACCAGGGUGACAUCAGUUGUGUCAGAAAUGGAAAAGAUGUACCAAAAAGACGGUGGGGGGAUUACUGAAAAGGCUGAAGUGAUUCCUCCUGCAUUAGAAAUAGAAGAGAUUUGCCAAAAGGAUGCGGAGGGAGAUACGAACAAACCCGAGGGGUUGCCCGUGACGUUAGAAGUGGUAAACAUCUACCAUGAAGAUGCCGAGGGGGUCACUGAAAAGACAGAAAGGCCUGGGUUGGAAAUGGAAAACGUUUACCAGAAGAAUGCUGAAGGAGUUACGAGCAAGACUGAAAUGGUGCCUUUUGCAUUGGAAGUGAAAAAUGCACCCAAGGAGGCAGCCCCUGCCUCUUUAGAAAUGGAAAAGGCAUGCAAGCGGGAUGCUGAAGAGAUGGUCCGAGUGACUGUGUCCAUGCCCUCUGUGAUGGAAAUGGAAAGAACAUCCCCAGAAGAUUUUAAUGGGUUUGUCCAGAAACACCAAGUGGUACCUGCAGUGGUAAAUGUGGGGAAAACAGAUGGGGUGGGACCGGCGUUGCCCAUUACACAAGUGAAGGCUGUGCCUCCCAUAUUUGAACCUGAAAAAGUGCCCCAAGAGUAUGAAGAGAGUGCUGGAGAAAUGGAGGAAGAGCCCCCUGAAGUAAAGGAAGGCUUGAUAGCACAUGACAGUAGACUUGCUUUGUAUUUCAGGGGGUAUGAGUCACCGACAUUAAGUAAGGAUUUUGAAGGCUACCCUGCCUUAGCAAUGCCAGAUCUUCAACCUGUGGAUACCAUAGGAAGGCUAGACAGAAGAACAUCUGUUAUGGCUGUAGAUAACAAAACAAGAGAGCUAAGGCACUAUAGCGAAGAAAAAGAAGAUUCUAACUUAGCCUUCGUUUCUCAGGAUGAGCAGGAAAAUCCUUCCUUCACUAUAUUAUAUGAAGAACCCCUUCAGGAUGAGGACAGGUAUGCUACCACCGAAGCAAGGAGAACACACUCUCUCUUGUUUCCUGACACCCCCCCUGACAGCGUGCCUGUUGUCACAUGUGAGAGGUCUGAGAGUAGAACUGACCUGGUCCAUCAUUUUGAAAGAGGUACUAAAUUAGGGGAGACAUUUGAUAGUGAUAGUUCAGAAAUGUUCUUAUCAGUGGAGGCCAAAAGGUACAAAAUUUAUCCCUUAGCUUUGUCUCCCAUUUAUGAGGAUGACAGCUCUCAGGAGGACAUUCUGUCCAAUGAGGUCUCCCCCGGCCAUCAUGGCUCCAUCAAAUCUAGAGACAGUGCAAACCAGCCUUCUUCUGUUUUAUCGCUUCUCCAGUCAGUGUCAGAGCGUUUAAAGAUGAAUUUUGAUGAAGAUGACAGGCAGGAGUUAGGGGAAGAGGAAGAAGAAUCAUUGCAUAAAGGAAGUCUGAGAGCUAGGAGGAGGGAAACUGCUACCUUCAAGCUGCCAGAUCCUUCCAUCACGUAUUACCCUGAUGAUGACCAGGAAAGGACUGGAAUUCCUAAGAAUUCAUCUGUAAAGACAAACGAACCUACUGCCCCCAAUCUGCAAAUUGGUCUGUGGCCAGAACAGGCCUCAUUUCUACAAAAAUCUGACCUCACUUCGAAAUUGCAUUCUUCUGUAAAGAGUGCUUAUCAUCAGUAUUUGCAGACUUCCAAAACCCACUCCUCAGAAAAAGGAGCCAGCUUCAGUGGGACUUUGCAGGGACCAGUGUCAAAAUAUUUCUGUGCUCAAGACAACUCGGGCAGAUUAAGCCCAUUCACAGAGAAUGUUGACAGACAAACUCUGAGGUAUAACCCAAGACCUGGGAAAAUGGUUAUCUAUGAUCUCCACGGAAGUAAUUAUAAACAAGAGGUCUAUUGUAGCAUUCUAGAUGCUACACCGUGGUCCUUUCCAAAUGGGGUGCUGAUAAGAGUUGUAAGGGGCUGCUGGAUUUUAUAUGAGAAGCCACACUUCCAAGGUCAGAAAUGUGUGUUAGAAGAAGGGGAAAAGGUGUUAAAUCAUGACUGGAUCCUUCAGAACAGAAAGCAUCCACAAAAAAACUUUGUAUUGGGUUCUAUCAAACGUAUCUUAAAGGUUUGCAGUAUUCCAGAGAUAGAACUUUGCCCUCAGUCUGACCCAGAAUGUUGUCCAGUCUACAUACAGCGAGCAGUCCCUAAUUUGGAAGAGCUGAAUAUCCCCAAAUCUGUGACCUUCACUGUGAAGUCAGGAGUUUGGCUUGCCUACCCAGAAAUUAAUUUUAAGGGGCAAGCUACAGUUUUGGAGGAAGACCAUGGACUCUUUGAGAUUUCUGCAGCAGACGUGAAAUCAUUGCACCCACUUCAGAUGGGUGGACUGAAAGUGGAAAUGCCUAUGAACUUGAAGGUUAUUAUUUAUGAAAAACCUCACUUCCAUGGACAGGCCAAAGAGUUUAGUGAACAUAUAGAUUCUGUCCCUAAUUUUUUAAAAAACGAUGGGGACUUUCACAGAAUUGGAUCCAUUCGUGUCAUCGGUGGAGUGUGGGUUGCCUAUGAAAAAGAACAUUUCAAAGGCCAACAGUUCUUGCUUGAAGAAGGCGAUUUUGAGGAUAGUACUGCCUGUGGGGCGCUGAGCAGCCCCAUCUUGUCUUUCCGGUACCUACAAGCUAAUUUUAUAGAAUCUUCCAUCACACUGUUUGAGUCCGACCUGGAAAGUGGGAAGUUCAUUGACAUUAUAAAUCAGGAAAUUUCUGACUUAGAAGAAAUGGGCUUUGGCAGCGAAACCAGAUCCAUCCAUGUUAAAAGUGGAGUGUGGGUUGCCUACCAGCAGAAGUUCUUCUGUGGAGAACAGUACAUUUUAGAGAAAGGGAAAUACAAGUGCUUUUUUGACUGGGGAGGAUCGAAUAACAUAAUCAUGUCAAUACGACCUAUCCAACUGGAACCACUUGGGAUAAAUGAGCCUCCACAUUUGCUCAAAGCAUUCAGUAAACCAGGGUUCCAAGGUGAAUGUGUAGAUUUUACAAAAGGAAUUUCUGAUAUGACUUCCUUCACUCCACGUUCUUUCAAAGUUCUUCGGGGUUGCUGGCUCCUGGGUUACCAAGAGGACGUCUCCGAUAACCAGUGUGUGUUAGAAGAAGGUCUCUAUGCUGACCUUACUUCCUGUGGCUGCCCGACAUCUGCAGUCAGAUCCCUCAAGCCUAUUGACUAUGUCUUUGAAGAGCCCUCCAUCAGCCUUUUUGCCCUGGAGCACUGUGAGGGAAGAGAGUUACAUCUGGAAGAGGCUGUGAACUCCGUUCUGAACAAGGACCUGCACUUCUACACCCAGUCUGUAUGGAUAAAAAGUGGACUGUGGAUAGCUUAUGAAGGAUCUAAUUUCUUGGGACGACAAAUCCUACUCGAGCCCAAUGAGAUCCCAAAUUGGACAGCAUUCAGUGGAUGGAAAACAGUUGGUUCUCUCCGUCCUGUGAAGCAGCCUGCAGUGUACAUUAGGAUAAAGAACCGGGCCCGGAAUGAGUAUCUGACGGUCACUGGAAAUGCAGCGGACACCCGGACCACCUCUGUGUGCACCUCUCCCUACAGCGGGAAGAACACUCAGGUCUGGUACUACUGCCGAGGACUCUUCAAAUCCAAGGCCAGUGACACAUGUCUGGAUGUGAUUGGUGGCCGGGAUGUGCCCGGAGCUCGAGUUGCCCUGUGGACGGAGCACGGGCAGUUCAGGCAGAAGUGGAGGCUGAACAGAAACGGCACCAUCAGCUCCUAUCUCAGCGACCAGCUUGUCCUCGACGUGAAAGGGGGAAAUUAUUAUGACAAGACUCAUGUAAUUGUAAGUAAGCCCCUGGAGGGUGAAGAAACACAGAAAUGGGACAUUGAGAUACUGUGAGGGCGUCGGCAGCAUCUCUAGGAAGAGCGGAGGAGAAGCACCCUCACCUCCUGCGGAAAGGAAGCUGCCUGUCCUCACUCGCGCUCCUGGGUCACUGAGAAGGAGCGUUUCUCUGAAGCUCCAAGACAAGACCAUUGCUGUUCACCACGGGGAAAGCUCAGAAUAUUCUUGCCAAUUAUUCAGUGUUCCUAUGAAGAAUACAUUACAAUUUCUGGGAGAGGUUCUAGUCCUACUUGAUCUCCGUUUUGGGUGAGCAAGUUUACUGAAGUCUGUUUUCUCUCCUUUUCUCCAAAUACGAUUCUCGUUGCGGGUAACCAUUAUUUAGGACUCUGGAGGUGGCGCUGUCCUGUAGGAGUUAUUAAUGUCCUAGCAUAUGUGGGGACGAGUGAAAGACACAGGAAAAUGAAUUCCUGUAGGACAAGUCAUACUUUUGCAAAAAGACGAAUAAUUUCUAGCAAUAUUUGAAGACAUAUUCAAUAAACCUUCCUGUUAAGCUGCUACACUGGCUCAACCUUAAAGGUUUUCCAUUGAGGCUUUUAUAACUGAAUCACCGUAAGUAUUCGUACUUGUCACUGACCCUAGGGAGGGACCUCAGCUUUAUUAGCAACAUGCUCCAGUCCUGGAGUGUUCUGCAGCCAUCCUCGCACUGUUAACAGAGACACCCUCUGGGCCAUGGAACGCCAGCCAGUGUUUCCGAUCGCAGUGCUGAGCCCUCACCCUGGAUUUUGCCUGAUCUGCCCUCAAGAAGGGUUUAUUAAGAUAGUCCAGUUUUUAUUUGCCUGAACUAAAGGGAAGUUUCACAUGUUCAAAUUAAAACCAAGCAGUAUUUGAGACUUGACUAUGCCAUUUUACUUUGAGUAGAAGUGUAGUUGAUUUUUCUAUGAAAAGAUAGAAAACAGCUUUCUACUCCCAUUUUAAAUAGCUUUUAUUUAAGCAGAAGCAGAUAGGAUCUCAUCUUGGACUUAGUUUCAAGUAAUCAUUACCACCUUUAACGAUACAGCUCACAAGCACCUCCCUCCUGAGCUGGUUUUAAACUGACACAACUGUCCCCUCUUCAUCCCCAGCUUCCAGCAGAAAGAUGU